AUGUCAGAGGGAAUCCAAAAAAGGUCUCUUGAAUUUGAGAACAACAUGUCUCCAAGCUAUUCAGAUGAUGAACCUAUGAUGCCCUUUCAGGUGAAGUUCCUGAUAUGGGAUAAAUCAAAGUUCAAAACAUCUUCAGAUCGUGUUCGCUUUGUCUUCACUGAGAAUCUAUCUGUGGAAGAAGCUGGUGAAAGGGCGUUUAAGGAGACUUUUGGCAGUGUUCCCAAGGAUUUGAAUAUUUCUGUUCAAGGGAAAAAAUCUGGGCCAUUGAUUGUCGACAAGAGUGUGAAAAUUAAAACCCUUUUGCAAGAGAUUGAGACCGUUGUUCUUUCUGACAAUCUUAAGGCCUACAACAGAAGGCAGACAUUCUACUACUCUAUCAUGGCUGUCCUCAUUUUCAUUGGUGGAAUGAGUAUACCCGUUUUGUCCAUAAAAUUCGGUAAACACAAAUCGAGCAAGGCCGCCUGA